AUGGCCACUCGAUUUUAUCUCAAAGAGCAUCCCCCAGGAGAGAAAACCAAUGCUGGCGAUGAUUUCCCGGAUGCCGAGAAUAUCUGGUCUGAUCUGCAGCUCGCGUCGGCGGAGGGCAACAUAGAGCGGGUUGUAGACCUGUUGUCGCGAGGUCACGACCCGAAUGAACCACCAGUCGGAUGGUAUGGCAAGACAGCGCUUCAAGCGGCAUCGUCGGCUGGCCACUUGGCCAUUGUCGAGCACUUGCUAGCUGCCGGUGCGACCGUUGAUGCGCCUGGCGGCAACAAUGGUGGCCGAACUGCCCUAGCCCUGGCUGCAGAGAGUGGUCAUCUAGGCAUCGUUCUGCGGUUGAUCGCCAACGGUGCGCAAGUGAAUCGUCCUCCCCAUCGAUACAUGGGCCGGACUGCCUUGCAGGGAGCUGCACAAGGGGGCCACAUGGCUGUGGUUGAAGCUCUUCUGGAACGAGGUGCGGACAUCAACGCGCCUCCUGCCCACAACAGCGGCAGGACAGCUUUGCAAGCCGCUGUUGAAGGCCAGCAUAUGGAGGUGACACGAUUCCUUUUAUCCAAGGGGGCUCUGGUCAACACGCCGUUGAUGAAGUACAAGGGGUUGACGGCACUGCAGGCGGCCUCACUGAACGGAAACAGCCAAAUAGUUGGCAUUCUGCUGGAGGUUGGAGCUGACGUCAAUGCUGCUGGGAGUUAUUACAACGGCUACACGGCUUUGUAUGCAGCCUCGGAGUCUGGUCAUCUCGAUAUCGUGAAGACACUCCUGGCUGCUGGCGCGAAUGCGAAUCAACCUGCUGGGAACAAACAUUGGACGCCGCUUCAGAUUGCUUACUCAAGAGGACAUACAGAGAUCACGGAUCCACUAAAGAAUCAGUACCGGUUUUCUAAACCCAAGAUUGUCUGCGUCUCAUUCUCCCCAUCAGAAUUCUAUCAAGGCGUCAGCGUCAACACCAAUGAAAGAAGCAUCACCAAUAUGUCUCUCAGGCGGUCAAUUAGACCAAGGCGUGCCCCAGCACGCGAUCAGGGUAUCGAGUUUGUAGUGUCAGACCUGCCGCAGCCUGGCGACGAAGACUCUGAAGAUGCAGAUUUUGAGGCUCCAAACGAAGCCGCGAAAGAUCAAGACGAUGAGGCAGGGGCUGCCUAUGAGGGUUCUGGUAACCCUGAUGAUGACGCUCAGAAAUCCAAGCCGUCUCGGGGGUCGCGCAAGCCGAAAACGGUCCCCAAAGCACCAGCAAAGCCUCCACGGCGGAAGAAGCGACUCGCAGCCACCCGCCCAGAAAACUUUCAUACCAUCCCUCCAUAUCCUAUCGAUGUGCGGGGGACCCGUAUCUACGCCGGCCACCUGAAGCGCUGGGAUAGGUUCAGGGUGCUCAUCGAUAUCAUGUACGGCCCUUCGAUUCAAGGCAUCGACCUCAUGAACGCGAUGCGCAACCGCUGGCUCAAUCAUCCGAUCUUGCCCGCCAAGUCCAAUGUAAGCGAAGGCGGUGUUCUGCCUUCGCCGUGGCUCCCAAAUGGGUUUGAAUCAGAGCAGGAAGCCAGGCUUCGCACUUGGUUUGAGAGGUAUAGGUCAACGGGCCCUGGCGUGCAGACCUCAAGAUCGCUCUCGUCGCAAGAAGCAGUCCACUAUGUGCCACAGUCGCAACAGGGACUGGCUGUGUUCUCUGGACCGGCCGCUGCUCAGGAGGAGUUCCAUCUUGCUCAAGGCAAAGGGCCUGUUUCCCUCGGUUCUUCUGGCAUAUCGUUGGGCCAAUCAGAUUCGCCAGGUGAGCAUCCGGAGGUCUGGAUGUUCGACAUCGGCGGGCUGGUCAUUUCCAUGGAAUGGGCUCCUUUGUCCGGACACACUGAACAACUCCUUGCUUUCGCCGUGAUCCCCCACGCCGAUCAAGCUGAGUCGAGUGGCCCUCGAAACAUCCCCAAGGAGAAGAAGAAAAAAACAGCUGGAAGCAUCCAGUUCUGGAAGGUCAAGUUCGAGCAAGACGCGGAAGGUGUCGCGCGCCUCGCACGACAGCCUCCAGAGUUCAGCCUCGCAUUGUGUUUCGACUGGGGACGGCCUCGGCGUCUAGCGUGGUGUCCUAUUGUCCUUCACUCCAGUUCUCUACAUGGUCUUCUUGCAACCCUACACACGGAUGGUAAAGUGAGGAUUAUUGAAGUGCCAAAGGUUGAGUCAGCUCGUUCUGAUCUACAUCCAGACUAUCUCGAAUCCCCAAUUGCAACAAUCGGAAUCACUGACGAAUACAAUGUCGACGCCACCUGCAUGAGCUGGUGUGGUGUCAAUCGCAUUGUCCUCGGUCACAGCGACGGCAGCAUCAGUCUCUGGUCUAUCCAGCCCACCAUGAUGCUCAACAGACUUCCUGUGCAUCACAACACCAUUCUGGACAUUGCUUCCGCUUACCCGUCAAAGCCCUAUAUGAUCUCCUCUAACCCUGUCGGCGGCAAUUGCAAGAUUAUCGACCUCUCGCGUCCCAGCAGCGAACAGUCGUACAUCACUGUGGCUAUCACUCAUUUCCAAACACACUUGCAUACAUGGAGCGACCAUCUUCAGGGCUUCAUUGCUGCAUAUCCUUCGGGUAACCCGGGGAACACGGCGCUAGCGUGCCUCCACGCAAGGUACUAUCCGUCUCCCCGGACCGUCUUCACAGGCUACUCGCAACCGAUCUGCUGUUCUAUCGGCGCCAGUCACCCAUACUUGCUCGUGGGUCAUCCGGAUGGAUCCUUGUGGUCAAGCAAUGCCAUCCGGAAACUCCUCUACGAUAGGGGCGAGCCAGUCUCCAAGGUGAAGCUCUUUGAGCACGAAUUCAGUCCUGUACCACCUGGGACGGUGCAGGAGCCUGGGAUCAAUGGUGUCCGGGGGGCUGUUCGAUUCCUUCAAGGAUUCGAGCCGGAAGCCAAUGAACACCCCCGCGCGGAGCGUAUGCGCCAGAUGAUGAAGAACAAGCGCGCAAAGGAGACAAAACAGAAGAAGAAGCGGGCCAAGGGUGACGAGGACGAAGACGAAGACGAAGACUUGGAUGAUCUUGCGGCGGAGGAGGACGAGGGUCUGCAGGAAAAGACGCCGCGCAAAGCAGCGGAGGAACCUGACAAGAAGACGAUCGCCGACCGAUCCAAAUACGUCAUCCACGAGCCGUUGACGCGCGUCACGGAUGUCUGCUGGAAUCCGAACCUCGAAUUUGGCUGGUGGGCCGCGGCCGCGAUGGGGUCUGGCAUCGUCCGGAUCAUGGAUCUGGGAGUGGACACAUGA